UAAAAUAAAUAAAUAAACUGUUCAACUCUGCGAAAUCUGCAAUUGAGCGUAUUCAAUCAUCGUUUCCGAGGCAACCGGUGAGCGAGAGUGAGCGGGAGUGCUGCAGCAUGGGACUCAGCUGCUUCAAGUCCUGGAAACAUGACAGAGCAGGCCUCAAAGGGAACAGAGACGUGUUGGCCAGUCCUGGCUCGUAUUUCUUCCUGUCCAACAGCGCCGGCCAGGGAGACGAGUGGCUGAAAAGCCUCAAUAAGGGAGUCUGGAUCCCUUUCACAGGUGUCUUCGGUCAGCGUUUGGAGGAGACGGUGCUGUACGAGCGUCGCUACGGCGUACGCUCGGUUCCCCUGGUGGUGGAGCAGUGCGUAGCCUUUAUACGUGAGCGGGGCCUUCAGGAAGUGGGCUUAUUUCGCCAGCCAGGACAGGCCAGCUUGGUGAGGGAGCUGCAGGAGGCCUUCGACGCCGGGGAGAGGCCCUCCUUCGACAGUAACACAGAUGUGCACACGGUGGCGUCACUGCUGAAGCUCUACCUGCGACAGCUGCCAGAGCCUCUGGUUCCUUUCAGCCAUUACCAGGACUUCUUGCUCAGUGGCCAAAAGCUUUCAAGUGACCGCAUGCAGGGCUUGGGGGAGUUGAGGAAUCUUCUUCAGGAGCUACCAGUGGCAAAUUUCAACCUACUGAAGUUCAUAUGCCGGUUUCUCAACGAAGUCCAGAGCCACUCAAAAGGGAACAAGAUGAGCUGCCAGAACUUGGCCACAGUCUUUGGACCAAACAUUCUCCGGGCCAAAGCAGAGGACCCUCAAACCAUCAUGGGAGGUGCAUCACUUGUCCAGACGCUGAUGUUGGAGCUCAUCAGGGAGCACCAGUCGCUGUUCUCCAGAGUCUCGAUACCGGUUCCUGUGCCUACAGCCGAAGGGUUUUAUGCGUCGCCAGCUGCUCUCAGAAGAACUCACCUGCACCAGCACGCCUGCCUUCGCCAGAUGUCACUGCCGCUUAUUGCGGAGCAAUGCCAGGAGCCGGGACAGAGUACCAGCUGUAUCUACUCAGCUGCAGCCACAUCGGACAUGUCUUCAGGCUACAAGAGAUUCCUGGGCCAUCGCUAUACCUCAUCACAUCCGGAAAACUGCUUCUUCCCGCUACCUUCAAGUCAGCCCCUUCAGAAGCAUCACGAGGGAACAACUACUGAUCACCACCAGCACCUGCCCAGUUGUGGCUCGUCCCCCGCAAAUGUCCACAGCUCUGUGGAGCCUAGCUCUGGGCACAUGGGCUGGCUGGAGGUCUGGACCAGUCUGGGGCAGGCAGGCGACAGAGGCAGGCAUCUGUGGGGUUUCGAUGCCACCCAGACUGCAGUGGAUGGUGACAGAACUGAAGCGGCCAGUGGGGGCACUAGUGAGGCGCAGGAAGACAGCAUCCCAUCUGAUUAUGAUAACCUGAACAGAGCGCCUUCUAGUCAGAGCAUGGAAGACAUCAUUGCUGAACAUUUAGAUGCAAAUGGUGAGGGAGACUCUGGCGAAGAAUCAGAGGAGGCGUGGCAGACGGUCGAUGACCCCUCGUCGUGGUCCUCGUGUGAGGUUUUACCACUGGACAAGAGCAACAGUCCUGAGGGUCGGCUUAGUCUUCGCAUGUUGCCAAAGACAUCGCCCUCAAGUCAAGCAGCAGAAGAUGACAAACGCCUUGACGGCGAUACAGGAAGUGACCUUAACGGAGAACACCAUCUAAACACGCCAACAUCUGGCUCGAUACUCAGUCCCCUCAGCACAGGGAGCUCGGAGGUGUUCCUUCCAUCUGGCCCUCCUGAACUUCCGGGGCCAGAGCCACAGUCCCAGCCUGACGACGCUCACUCGCUCCUGGCCGAGCUUCGGCAGCAGAUGGCCCAGCAGAGAACCGAGUACCAGGCCAGGAUACACAGGUUGGAGCGCUGCAACGACUCCCUGGAGCGGCAGGUGGCGGCACUGCGCGACCGCCUGGAACGGCAGAGGCGCAGUCAGAGCGCGGCCGAGGUCAGGAUCCGCGACGUGGAGCGGGCCAGGGCCGCUGCGGACCGCCGCAACUUCACGCUUCAGGCGGACAUGGAGCUGUUUUUCCGGACGUACAGAAAGAUCAAAACGCGGGAACAGAGGGAUGAUGAUUAUGUUGACGACAGAGGCGGGAAAAGGGAACGCGCCUUAAAGAGCCUGUGA